AUGCCACUGGACCCCCAGGACUUGUGGAGCUUCUGGAUGAACGUCUAUCACAGCCUGCUGGUGCAUGCCUGCAUCCUCUACAGCCGACCCCGCAACCUCAGACAGCUGCUGGGAUUCUACAACAACUGCUCCUACGUGGUGGCCGGUCAUAUCUUUUCCUUAGCCGAGCUGGAGCACCUGGUUCUCAGGAGUCAGAUGGCCCCAGCCAGCGCGCGGCUGAUGAAUUGGCUGGUCAGGGUUUGGCGGCGUGACGACAAAGAAUUCGAGGACCGCCCUGCAAUGCAAGCGCCCUACAAUCCCAGCUCCAACUUUCGAUGCCGACCUGACUGGCGUCUCAACAUGGUGCUUUGCGCCGGAAAUCUUGCGAGCAGCUCCAAGAUCCCCAUUUUUGACCGUAUGUCCGAGAAGGCCUUUGAUGAGCUCAUGACCAAGUCAAUGGAGCAGUGCCUCCGCGCAGCUGGCCGCUUGGACAGGAAGCCAAUACAGCUUCCGUACGUUCUGUACCGUUUUCGCCAAGAUGCACCUGGACCUGCCACCGAGGGGUAUGACCGCCGCUGGGCGACAGCCCUGGAACCGCUGCUCCAAGGCACGGCAUACGAUGGCCGCGUCGCGUAUCGCUCCUCCUACAACUGGACCAUGCGAGACAGACUCGAGAUCUUGUGA